UGAAUGAACUCGCCCUCAAAUCUGCUGAAGUAUUUAUGACAGCAUGUAUACAUCUCCGCUCAAAGGCAGCAUUCUGAUGAGGUCUUGCUACUGCUGGAUUACUCGGUAGGCAUUGUGGUCUGGUGUCGGUGCUUGACUGAGGCCUCUCUCAAGUGGACCCAUAAGAUUUCUGCCAAGUGCCACCUCUGCAGGAGUAAAACCUGGACUAUCCUGCCAGGCUGUAUUGAUGGCAAAAUAAAAGUCUGGCAACCACUGAUCCCACAUACCUUGAUUGUCUCGUGCAAAAGAUGACCUCAUGGUUUUGAUUAGAAUUACAUCUACUACUCAACGCUGCCACCUGCAUGAAAGCUAUGUGGAAUCCAUUUGAACUGCCCAGUUGCACACUCAUAUAAAAUAAGACUGACUGCUAUUUAACAAUUACCUUCGGAACAACUGAACCAACUGAUUACAAACUUAACAAUUAACUGAUGAAGUUCAAAGUUCCAAAACAUUAACCUUAAUCUUGGAGUAUCUGCAGAACUUUGGCUUGUUAAUGUUUUAACAUCACGGCUUUUUUUAAAUUAAGGACUAUAAGUGCUGAAUAACUACCAACAUCAACAAACCUAUAGAACAUUCAGAUACAGUUCAAUCAGUUUCCUCUGUAUUAGCCAUAUGAACUACUUUCUGAAAUGAUAACGCCAUGCUACCUGUGGCCCACAGGUUGAGAACAGCUGUUCUAAGCUAUAGCAGUGUCAAUAAAUGAUGAAUCAUUAACGUGGGGCAAACAUUUCUUGCUCUUUCACAUACUGCUGAAUGAACUCCUGACAUAUUUAUAACCAUAUGCAUAGAAAGACAGCUAAAAGACCAGUCAACGUUUCUGGAGGGACGACAUCUCUGCUCGAAGGCAGCAUUCAGGUGCUACAAUGAUUAGAGGAAAAGUGUUAGCAUGUGCCCUGGUCUUAGCCAGCCUUCUAGUAACCUCUGUCCAAGGUGGGAACAUUCUGGUCUUCCCUGUGGAUGGCAGUCACUGGAUCAACAUGAAAUUCUUGAUCGAGGCACUUUUUGCCAGAGGUCACAAUAUUACAGUCAUACGGGCGGCCGAUAGUUGGUACAUUGAAAAAACUUCCCCUCUUUACACUUCCAUCACUAUACAAAGCACAGGGAUGUUUGAUGAGGUGUACAUGAAGACCUAUAUAAACAGGCUCUUGGAGAUCCUGAGACAGGGUUCCACUUUUGCUCGUCUAAAACUGGAGAAGGAGGUGUGGGACAAAGCAGUGGAAAUGUUUGACAAGGAGAAAGAAAUGAUGAUAAGUAUAAUUGAAGACCAGCAGUUAAUACAAUCCUUGAAAGACACCAAAUAUGAUGUGUAUCUUACCGAUCCUGUGUUGAUCAGUGGCAUCCUUCUAGGUCAUUAUCUGAAACUGCCUCUUGUCUUCAAUGUUCGUUGGACGGUCCAGAGUGAGGGUCAUUACGCAAUAGCUCCUUCACCAAUUUCUUACAUCCCAUUGCCAAUGUCGGAGCUAUCUGACCAUAUGAGCUUUUUCCAGAGAGUUUAUAACGUAAUCUUGUACUUUGUUACAGAAUUACAGAUCAGCUAUUUUCUUGCUCCAAAUUACAAUGCACUGUGUCAUCGAGUUUGCGGUCCAGAAGUGAACUACUUUGAGAUCGUCCAAGGAGCAGAUUUAUGGCUCUUCAGAGGUGACUUUGUCUUUGAAUUUCCACGACCUACCAUGCCAAAUAUUGUCUAUAUGGGUGGAUUCCAGUGUAAACCACCAAAGCCUCUUCCAGAAGAUCUUGAGGACUUUGUCCAGAGCUCUGGUGAGCAUGGUAUCAUUGUCAUGUCUAUGGGCACCUUCAUUGACAGUCUUCCCCACGAUGCAGCCAAUGCAGUCGCUGAAGCUUUCGCAGAACUUCCACAGAAAGUUAUUUGGAGGUACAAAGGAGAAAAACCAUCUACCCUAGGCAACAAUACCUUACUGUUAGACUGGAUACCUCAGAAUGAUCUCCUCGGUCACCCCAAGACCAGGGCUUUUGUGGCACACGGUGGAACUAAUGGAGUCCAAGAGGCUAUCUAUCACGGUGUUCCCCUUAUUGGCUUUGGUCUCAUCUGGGACCAGCCUGACAAUCUUUCAAAAAUGAGGGCGAGGGGAGCAGCAAAGACUGUUGAUUUUGCAACCAUGGACAAAAACUCCUUCCUACAAACCUUAAAAGAAGUUCUUUAUGAUCCUUCCUACCAAGAAAACAUGCAGCGACUCUCCAGGCUCCAUAGAGAUGCACCAAUAAAGCCACUGGACAAUGCUGUCUUCUGGACUGAGUUUGUGAUGAGGCAUGGUGGUGCACCUCAUCUACGAACAGAAUCCUACAAAAUGCCCUGGUAUGCUUACCACUCUGUGGAUGUCAUGCUGUUCCUGCUGGCUGUUCUUUUGUUAAUUGUUUUCACGACAUAUGCAGUUAUCAGAUAUUUCUGUUGUAGGUUGUGUAUGAGGAGAAAAACAACCAAACGAGAAUGACACAAUCUAGAGAAAUCUAGAUCCCACCACUAUACAUGAUAUCAUAUAGUAACUUGUUACUACUUACUUAAGUCAUUUUCACUCAUGUUGCUACUUGGUACUGAGCAUAGUUGACAACACAACAUUUGUGGAGUAUUCUUUUAACUUCUGUUAUAGUCUGAGAAAAACUGAUUUGAUUCAUGGACUGAUCUAUGAUUACAUACAUUGAUUGAUUAGAUACACUGAGGAAUGAUAGGAUACAAAUUGAUUAGAUGAAUUCCUGUAUGAUUAGACACAUUGAUCUAUGAGUAGUCACAUUGAUGUAAGGUUACAUGUAUUGCUUGAUGUAUGGUUAGACACACUGAUGUAAGAUUAGAUCAGUUGAUUGAUGUAUGAUUAGAUGCUUAUAGAUUUGCAUUCUUUUUUAACUGGCUAUAGCUUGAAAUACAAACAUGAUCAUGAGCAUUUAAUGAAAUGCUAAGGUUCAUCCUUUUAAAAAAUGCAAUAAAGAAGUCUCUGAGAGGUUGGGAUAUACUUAUGGUAGCAUACCAAGUCAUACAAUCACAAUCAGAAUGUAUUGUUUAUUUGUAUUUAUGUUAGUAUUUUUAAACAAAUAACUGCUUACAGUCCAGACAAAUAUAUAUAUAUAGGUAGCACUGUUGCCUCACAGUAAGAAGGGCCUGGGUUUGAUUCCCCAACCAGGUAACUAGGGUCCUUCCUGUGUGGAGUUUGUAUACUUUCUCCGUGUCUGUUGCAGUUUCCUGGGUGCUCUCGUCAUUUCUUUCCACUUUCUAGACACUUGCAGUCAGGCUUAUUGGAAAUGCUAAAUUGCCCCUAGGUGCGAGUGUGUAUACCUGUGCUUCUGCCCUGUGAUGCACUGGUGACCUGUCCUCUGCCCAAUAAGCACUGGAAUAGGCUCCAGAUUGAUCUAAUUUCCACCAUUAUGUAUUAGGUCAGUGGUGUACCUAUGAACCUAUGAUGUAUGUUACCCACUGAUCUAAUUCAUAGUGUUAAUAAUGACAUCAAUUUAACAUAAACACUUUAAAAAUUUGGUUGGUUCCUGCUGUCAAUCUCACUCUGUAUAUAGAAUAAAAAUGCACUUCAACAUUA